CGUCACCGUUAUUGCGCAAUGCAUUCUGGUAUUCUUCGUGGCAGUUGUUUUUAAAAACGUCUUGGAAAUAAACCAAAUUUGGCUUUUGGACGAGAAUUUCUAUUGGAAAAAGUGUUAAAACCUUUACAAAUGCAUUUGCAUCGAAAGAACGAAAACUUAUUAGCGCGUGAUGCACGCCAAUGUUCGUAAGCCCGCGAAAUCUGAGAAGACGCCGCGGCGCAAGAAGCUCGUAGAGCAACAAAGCAACGCUAUGGAUAUGUUCGUGACACCAAAACGUCAGAAAAAUGACGAUCUAGAGGUCACGGGUAUCUCCCGAAGUGGCCGUGUGAGAAAGAAAUCUUCCAAACUCGUUGACUUUGAAUCACCAGAUGAUUUUACGGAUAACAAGUACAAACGCCAAAAAGCACAGCAAUUACAAAAUCAACAAUUGUUGGACAGAUAUGAGUCCCAACAUAUAUCAUCAAAUCAAUCAAUUCAACAUGGAAGUACUGGAAGACAAAGGAAAAAUUCUAAUUCUAAUUCUAACUCUGGACAACAAAGAAUUAAACAAGAGACAUUAUCAGAUAAUGAAGGGCAAUCUUCAGCAUCAGAAUCAGAUGAUCCCUCUGGGUUCAAUGAAGAUGACAGAUAUAGUAUGGAUUCUGGAAGCGAUGAUGAUGUAGAUCCUCUUAUGAUAGAUGAUAGAGAAGCAGGGUUUAGAAAACUUGAACCACCUGGCCAAGAAACACCUUCACAAGCAAAUAGUUUAUAUAUGCUUGAGAAAUGUAAGAAAAAAUUAAUUAUUAAAGAUGGCAAAAUAAUAGGUAGAAUGAAGGCACAACGUAAAGACAAAGGGAAAACGAGAUUUACCGCGUACAUGUUGUGGGCUAAAGAAAUUAGGCAAGAAUUACUAGAGCAAUGUCCUUAUAUGGAUUUUGCAGCAAUUUCUAAACGGUUAGGAGAACUAUGGGCUACAGUACCAAAUCUGGAAAAAUAUAAUUGGCGCAGACGCGCAAAACGCUUGGCAGCAAAACCUCAUUCUUUACCUGCGAGUAAAGAUGAGCCUGUUUGGAAAAUGCCGCCACCUGCUUCGCGAAAAAAAUUCAUUAAUAAAAUUGGAAAUGUUCCGGUAUCACCGCCAUCAAAUCGAAGUGGUAAAGAUUUGGUUAAUGAACCAAUGAUAGGAACAGGAAUGUAUAAAGUUGUUGGAACUCAACCUAUCGAUGUAGCUGCGCAUCUAAAACUUCUCGGUGAGAGUUUAACAAUCAUCGGUGAACGAUUGAAGGAACAUGAUGGCCAAAUAGCAGUAUCAGGCAGUCUAUCGGUUUUACUGGAUUCUCUGCUUUGUGCACUGGGUCCUUUAAUUUGUCUAACACAACAGGUACCAGAAACUAAUGGAGCUAAACACGAAACACUUUCGCAAAUGCUUGACAAUAUUGCAUAUCUUAUGCCUGGUUUGUAAUAUAUGUACAAAUACUAUAAAAUAAUUUAGUAAUACAUAAUGUAAAUAUAAAAAUUGAAUAGACAAACAUAGUCAUUAAAAUUAUAAAAUGAAUAAAUAAUAGAAGCUAAGUCAUAUAGUUUUGUUUGCUAAAGAAAGAGUUUAGAGUCAAAUAUUUGUUAUAUUUUGUCUGCUUAUGAAAAUAUGAAAUUUUAUAUAAAUAAUAUGUUUGUACAAAAAAUUAUAAUAAAUAUUUAAAUAAUUCUAUAA